AUGAUCAGAGCGUCCCCGCCACCUAAGAAGAAGUCGCCCGCGCCGCCGAAGAAACCGGCGAAUCAUCCGCCGAAGAUCCCCACGAAAAGUUCUGCAAGCGCCUCGGAUACCUCCCCGCCCAAGCGCGGCGUUUCUCCGCCCAAGCGCGGGGUUUCCCCGCCGAAGCGGGGGAUUUCCCCCCCGAUAAAGCGCUCGCCGAUCCUCCCCAAGAGGCGCCCCCCUCCCCCCCACUCCUCCUCCCCGCCUAAGCGCAAAUCCCCCAAGCACCCGCCCCCCGCUAAGAAAUCCCCCCAUAAGCGGUCCCCCCCGAAGUCCCCCCCGCCUGUUUCUCCCCCCAAGCGGCGCAAGCCGUCUUCUGCGCAGAAGUAUCCGCCUCCGCCGAGUCCCCCUCCGCCGUCUCCGCCCACGGGGAGCGGCGGAGUGGACCUGGGGAACGCGCAGAAGGUGCUGAAGAUGCUACAGCCGUACUUCGACGACCCGCAGUUCAUGAUGUUCGCGAUCAACGGAGGUCUCCUCACUCUCAUGGGGAAAGCACUCAACUCGACAGAAAAAGUCACCUUCUUCGUGCCUGAUCCCGACACCAUCAAGGACCUGCCUGACGAUUCGCCGCUCAUCAACGACCCAGCAAUCGCCACAGCAGUGGUCAACUUGCAUGUGGUGCGGGGUAGGCAGGUCUCCUACACGGAGUUAACUCAAGAUGCGACAGGGACCAUGCCACGCCUUUAUCCCCUGUCCCUACCCCUCUCCUUCUCCUUUCCUCCAGUACAUGACAGACCAGCACGAGCCCCUAGCGAGCUUUCUCUUCAACGUGGUGCUGCAGCCAAUCAGAGGGCCCUCGCACCUUUCCUUCUCAUUGCCCACCCCCACAUUAUCCCUCGCUCUCUCCCUCUGUUUCCCCUCCAGUACAUGACGGAUCAGCACGAGCCUCUGGUGAAGGACGCAGCAAGCUUCCUUUUCAACGUGGUGCUGCGGCCGAGCCAAGGGCCCUCGCGCGCCACCAUCACCAUGCCCAACGCGUACACGGACGAGAGCAUGCAGGUGAGGGAGGGAGGGGGCAUGGGAGGGCUAUGGAUGGCAUGGGAGGGCUAUGGAUGGCAUGGGAGGGCUAUGGAUGGCAUGGGACACAAACGAGUGCGCACAUGCCAAGGACCGACUUUCCUGGCGCUGCUGUGGCCGACCAGGGGGCCUUCCCCUUGUCACCAUCGCCAUGCCCAUCGCAUACACGGACGAGAGCAUGCAGGUGCACGUGCUCGACUCGCUGCUCAUCCCAGACUCGGUCUACUUCGCCCCUCCAUCAACCCCUCUUCCAAACCCUCCCUCGCCAUCCUCUUCAGCAUCCCCUCUCCCACCAACCCCACCACCAACCCCUCCCACGACAACCCAGCCGCCACCACCAGUCGCAGCAGAGAAGCAGAACCCCACCGUGGCAACAGCAGCAACCCCUCCUCCGUCCAGUUCAGAUCCCAACACCACGGUGCCACCACCGUCCCGGUGAUUUUUGAGACGGCUCGAAGGACAGCAGGGAAGUCGCCACCGACCAUGCCCACAGGAACCCCUCCUCCAACACCUCCUCCAACACUUCCUCCGUCCGGUUCAGAUCCCAACACCACGGUGCCACCACCACCUGCGCAGUGA